AUGGCGCCCCCAGUCCGCCCAUCUCGUUCCCUCGAAGGACUCGAGCGCGUAAUCCCACCUUCAAAACAGUCCUACUCUACACAACUCUUCUUGAACAAACCGCUACCGGCAAAACCCCUCCCCGAACAAGCAGAAUGUUCAGCGAUGUGGAGCGACUCGAGUGAUAGUGAAAGCACCCUCGACAGUCUCAUCGGCCCCAGCGAACCGCGAUACUCGACCGACAGCUAUCCCAUUUUCGUCAGUUCCGGCGCCGACGACUUCGACGACUUGGUCGAUCACUCGGCCCCAUCCGCCGAUCAGUCCUUCCGUCCCCCACAGCCACCAAUGAACAAGCGCACGGACUCGAUCGAUAUCAAGAUCAAUAUCGACGAGUCAAUUAUCGAGAAACCAGUAUUUCUCGAACAACCAGCAUUUGUGGAAGAACCAGUAUCGGUCUCAUCCUCAUAUUCGGACACACAAUACGGACGCCCAUCAAAUUGGAACUCGAACCGCACAGGCACUAAUCACUAUUUCCGCGAGAAGAAGUGGGACUAUUUCCCCGAAUUAGCGCCUUCUGCCGUCCAGGCUAGUGGACGUGUCAGUCCCAACAUGCUCGCCCAGAAUAAAUCCCGCAAGAAGGGAAAUGCCCUGGAUUUCGCCAAGGGAAAGUACCGCUGGCAUGCUCUCGAUCGCGGCGGCCUUCGCAAUUCGAUCAAGACAUACGUCCAUCGCACUCUUUCCCGUGAUUCAGCGGAGAAUAAACCGAAAGAGUCUUCCCGUCCGGUUACAGCGCCUAUGGAUCAACUCAAUGAUGUAGGCAGUAUCCUGAGGAAGACGAGCACGCAGCAUUCCUCCCUGGUCUUGGACACGAAUGUCGCAGUGCGAACUUUGUCUGUGGCUACGUCUUCGAGCAGCGAGUACGACUACACCAAUCAUAAAUUCCAUCUCCAAACACCCAUCUCUCCAACUUCACCUACGACAUUUUCAACUCCGACCACUCCCCGCCCGAAACAGCUCGCCGUCCCGCUAUCGGAGUAUCAGAAACAUGGCGCCGCGAUCUGGGAGGCGCCUAAGAAAUCCAAGCGGAACGUCCAGUUCCAGAAAUACAAGUCCUCGCCUACUUCGGAUACAGAGCCGGGUUCAUUGUCUGCUCCUGAGUUAUCUUCCUCUAAUGCCACCCCUGCUUCGUCUCCCCCGCACAAGCAUAGCCGUGGGGUCUUCCUUGGUGCGAAGAAGAAGACUGCAAAGACGAAGGAGGAUCGUCGGAGGGAGCAGUUGAAGGCUCAGAUCAAGCUUGUUGGACCUGUCAAUCCCCAUAGCUACAUGCAGGCCGAUCCAUGGGUUUGA